AGCAUGGGCCGCGACUGCGCCCCUGCCCCGCCGGCCGCGGGGCGCGCAGGGGUGCUGGUGCUGGUGCUCCUCUGCCUGGGCGCGGAGCUGGCGAGUGGGGGUGGAAAGAAGUCUUACAGUGGGCCAUGUGGGGGCCGCGAUUGCAGCGUUGGAUGCAAAUGUUUUCCAGAGAAGGGUGCGCGGGGUCGUCCAGGACCGAUUGGGCUUCAGGGACCAAUAGGUGCACCUGGAUUUACUGGCCCAGAAGGUUUGCCGGGAGCAAAAGGUGAGAGAGGAGCAGUGGGCCCCCCUGGACCAGCUGGACAGAAAGGCGACAAGGGCCCAAUGGGAGUUCCAGGAUUUCAAGGCAUCAACGGGAUCCCAGGUCACCCUGGGCAAUCUGGACCUAGAGGUCUGCCUGGCCUCGAUGGCUGCAAUGGUACCACCGGGAGUCCUGGCGUUUCUGGAUCAGAUGGGUUUCCUGGCCUACCUGGGCUGCCUGGUCGUCCUGGCCCAAAAGGCCUUAAAGGAGAACCUGUUUUUGCUCAAGGCAGUCUUAAAGGAAUGAAGGGAGAAAAUGGUCUUCCUGGAUUGGAUGGAAUUUCUGGCCCAAAAGGUUUUCCAGGUCCAAUAGGUUCUGCAGGCCCUAUAGGAUUACCAGGUUUGCAGGGUCCAAUGGGUCCCCCUGGGCCACCAGGUCCAAAAGGUAACAUGGGAUUAGGCUUUCAAGGAGAGAAAGGAGAAAAGGGUGACGUAGGGCUGCGGCCUCCAGGUCCCCCACCAUCCACUGGAAUACUGGAAUUCAUGGGAUUUCCAAAAGGGAAGCAAGGAGAAAAGGGUGAGCCAGGCCCUCAAGGAUUCCCUGGAGACAAAGGAUUGCCUGGCAUACCGGGCUUUGGAGGUGUUGGAGAAAAAGGAGAAAAAGGUGUGCCUGGCUUACCGGGUGGCAGGGGUCUUUUGGGACUGGAUGGAUCUGAUGGGAUUCCAGGGAGAAAGGGUCAUCCAGGUAUUCCAGGCUAUCCAGGACUGGAUGGAGUUGAAGGCAUGAAGGGUGAAUUAGGUGACAUCGGUCCCCCAGGCCCUCCUAUCGUUAUUGAUAGGGAAGGUGUAGUCAUUUCAGGUGCCCCAGGUGACCCUGGAAACCCAGGAAUACCUGGUCCUCCAGGAGAUGAAGGGAUCAGUGGUUUACCAGGCCUUCCAGGAGCUCCAGGGUUUCCAGGCCUGGAGAGAGAUGGAAUGGGCCCUGGAGGGUCUCCAGGUAUUCCAGGUGUGAAGGGUGAAGUGGGAGAACCAGGAAGAGCAAUGAUUGGAUUACCAGGCAUUCCCGGCAGAGAUGGUUUACCAGGUCUGCCAGGAGCACCAGGAUUGCCUGGUUCACCACGCCCUUCAUUCCCCCCAGACACAAUCCUGGAUGGAAGGACUGGGGCCCCUGGGGAGCCUGGACAAAGAGGGCUGCCAGGAGCUUUGGGUCCAAAGGGGUACAAAGGAGAUGCAGGUGAUUGUGCUUGUGAUGGAGGAGUAACAAGAGUUGGUCUAAAAGGCAUCUCAGGUCCACCAGGUCCAUCGGGAAGCCCUGGUGUGCCUGGGAUUAAGGGCAUUGGUGGAGACCCAGGCACUGUGGGUGCACCAGGACAGCGAGGCCCUCAGGCUUCAGCUGGUCAGCAAGGUCUUCCAGGCCUUAAGGGAGAAAAAGGGGAUUCGUCCUAUGCAACAGGCAGAGGUGCUCGUGGGGACCGUGGUGCAACAGCACCCAGAGGACCUUCAGGCAUCCCGGGAAACCCUGGCAGGGAUGGACUUCCAGGCUUGCCAGGCCCACCAGGCCCUCCAGGUGAUGGUGGGCUAGGUUUCCCAGGUGAAAAAGGACUGCCAGGGUUACCUGGCUCCAAGGGCCAUCGUGGAGAAACUGGUUCUCCUGGCGUUGGAUAUCCAGGUCCUAGUGGAGUUCGUGGGCCGCCAGGUGACCCAGGAAUGGAUGGGUUUCCAGGCCAAGCCGGUCUUCCAGGCCCUCCAGGUAUCACCUUGCCCUGCAUAGUUCCUGGAGCAUAUGGGCCACCAGGAGCUCCCGGCUUUCCAGGAUUGCCAGGUCCCAAAGGUAGCAAAGGCUUUCCUGGCAUUCCAGGCCAACCUGGAUUACAUGGGUUGAAAGGACAGCCAGGGUCUCCAGGAAUAAUAGGCUUGCAAGGGGAACCUGGCUUCCCUGGGCCUCGAGGAGAGCAAGGGUCACAAGGACUUCCAGGACUGGAUGGAACAGAUGGUUUGCCUGGGAAAAUGGGUGCUCUAGGCUUAGCUGGAACGAAAGGAGCUCCUGGAGAUGUAUUUGGUGCUGAGAGUGGAGCCCUGGGAGAGCGUGGCCGACCUGGACUCCCAGGUGAUAAAGGGCUUACAGGUGAUCUUGGAUUUCCAGGACCAAAAGGGUUAGACGGAAGACCAGGCCUCCUAGGUAUUAAAGGCGAACAGGGUAAUCCAGGAUACUCGGGUGUCCCUGGAUUGCGGGGACCUCCUGGUCCUGGAGGUCCUUUUGGCAUUAAGGGAAAACCGGGACCCUUGGGGUCAGUUGGCCUUGCAGGAGCACCAGGCUGUCAAGGACUUCCUGGAGUCAAAGGCUUGACUGGGGAUGUAGGUCCACAAGGCCCUGCUGGUAUGAAAGGCUUCCCAGGUCUUGACGGUGCUCCAGGAUCUCCUGGGGAAAGAGGAUUCUUAGGGCCACCUGGGCCUUUUGGUCAAGAUGGACAUCCAGGUUUCUCUGGGCCAAAAGGCGAGAAAGGAUCUUCUGGCCUCCUUGGUUUCCCUGGCAUGCCAGGCCUGCCUGGUGUCCCUGGGGUGAAUGGGUUUAAAGGAACUCCUGGCACAGCUGGAGAAAAAGGGAGCCCUGGAGUUGUGGGACUCCAAGGACAAAAAGGUGACAGAGGUGAUGUAGGUCCACCUGGUCUUCCUGUUCUUGGGCUUCCAGAACAGGCACUGCAAUUCAAAGGAGACAAAGGAGAUCCUGGAUUAGCUGGACUUGGAGGAUUCCCUGGACCUAGAGGUGAUAAAGGAAUCCCAGGAAGCCGUGGACAGCCAGGUCUCCCUGGUCCAGUUGGGUCAGCAAGCAAAGAGAGAGGUCUUCAUGGUGACCCAGGCUUCCCUGGUCCACCUGGACAGCCUGGACUGCCAGGACAGAAGGGUACACAUGGUAUCAUAGGAUUUCCAGGAAUGCCAGGAGAGAGGGGUUCAGAUGGUAUCACAGGAACACUUGGAUUCCCAGGACCUAUUGGCCUCCCUGGUCCAAAGGGUGACCAGGGAGAGUCUGUUGGCAUUCCUGGCAUUGCUGGAGCAAAAGGAGAGCGAGGGGACCCGGGAUUCCCAGGAGAGAGGGGGAGAGAAGGACCUAAGGGUGAACCAGGCUACCCAGGAAACACUGGGGUGAAUGGACUCAAAGGUGGCCCAGGAGAUCUUGGCCAAGAAGGACCAGCAGGAAUCCCUGGAAAUGCUGGGCUGAGAGGAAUUCCUGGGCCACCAGGACCUCCAGGGCAGCCAGGAGCUGUUGGAUUCCCUGGAGCUCGUGGAACAGCAGGACCUAAAGGGUUUCAUGGAUUUCCAGGUUUAAACGGUCUGAAUGGCUUGCCGGGCACAAAAGGGUCUCCUGGAACACCAGGUCUGAGUGAAGCUGGACUGAAAGGCCCUGCAGGUCUCCCAGGUCCGAAGGGUGAAGAAGGUUCUCCAGGCUUGGGUAGAGGAGCUCUAGGAUUCCCUGGACCAAAAGGCUCAUCAGGAGACAUGGGUCCCCCUGGUCCUGUGGGACUGCCUGGCUUGCCAGGAACACCUGGAGCUUCUCUUCCUUCUGAUAUACGUGGGAGACCUGGGGAUGCUGGCCAUCCAGGAACUGAUGGGAGUUCAGGUCUUCCAGGUCCUCCAGGACCACGAGGGCCCCCUGGCCCAGCUUCUGACCAAGGUGACACGGGCAAUCCAGGUUUCCUUGGUGUUCUUGGCUUGCGAGGCAUUAAGGGUGACGUGGGACCCACUGGUCCAAUUGGACUCCCUGGAGCAUCUGGACUCAAAGGUAUAAGAGGUGAGCCUGGCCUUAUGGGGAUGCCCGGUAAAGACGGGCCUCCGGGGGAUCCUGGUUACCCUGGCCUGAAAGGUGAAAUGGGCCGUCGAGGUCUCCCUGGCCGACAAGGGGCUCCAGGUAUCACCCCACAGCCAGAAGAAGUCACAGCCCCUGCAGGCUUACCUGGUCUGCCAGGAAUUGAUGGUGUCCCUGGCUUUGACGGAGAUCCUGGAUUCCAGGGCCCGGCUGGAAAACCAGGUACAAAAGGUCUGCCAGGAAGAUCUGGUUUGAAAGGACGUGAUGGUUUAUCUGGAUCACCUGGCAUAGUUGGGGAUCCAGGACCUUCGGGUGCCCCAGGACCACAGGGAUUCGAAGGUGUUGCUGGAAAGCCGGGCUCACUUGGUUUGCCAGGAAUGCCUGGUCGGAGCGUGGGCGUUGGAUACACUUUAGUGAAGCACAGUCAGUCAGACCAAAUCCCACCUUGUCCCAUAGGAAUGAAUAAGCUCUGGGAUGGCUACAGCUUAUUGUACGUGGAGGGGCAGGAAAAGUCACACAACCAGGAUCUUGGUUUUGCUGGUUCGUGUUUGCCUCGCUUCAGCACCAUGCCUUUUAUUUACUGCAACAUCAAUGAAGUGUGCUACUACGCCAGCCGCAAUGACAAGUCCUACUGGCUCUCCACCACUGCUCCUAUCCCCAUGAUGCCAGUGGACAGUGUUCAGAUCCCGCAGUACAUCAGUCGUUGCUCAGUAUGUGAAGCACCUUCCCAGGCUGUGGCUGUGCACAGCCAGGACAUCACCAUCCCACAGUGUCCCCUUGGUUGGCGCAGCCUAUGGAUAGGAUACUCCUUCCUUAUGCAUACUGCGGCUGGUGCAGAAGGUGGAGGUCAGUCCCUUGUCUCACCUGGUUCUUGCCUGGAGGAUUUCCGUGCUACUCCAUUCAUCGAAUGCAACGGAGCUCGGGGAACAUGCCAUUACUUUGCAAACAAAUACAGCUUCUGGCUGACGACCGUUGAACAGUCGCAGCAGUUUGUCAGUGCUCCUCCCUCAGAAACUCUGAAAGCAGGACAGCUUCGAACAAGGGUCAGCCGUUGCCAAGUGUGCAUGAAGAACUUGUAGUAACAAAAAUGCAAUAACAUUAACAGUCUUUGUUACCUAAGACUAGACAUCACUGAUGUGAAGAAGGAUAAAUUCAUAAACCUGUUUUGUGUGUGGUUGAUGGGUGAAUCAAGACGGCCAGAAUUCUACAAAAAGCGAGUGUCAAGUCCAGGAGUUUGACUGCACACAGAGGAGGGAAAGACCAGUGCUCUGAAACCUCUUUUUUAUGGAACAUGGUGCUAUGCUUUUAUUUCAAUGGGUUUUUUUCCCCUCAUUUAUGGCUACCUCAGAAAGUCUCUGCGAGUUCCUUGUUCAGACCGAAGAGGAAGCGAUGUCUCACGUUACACCACUCCUCUAUCCGAGGCACAUGCCAGUCAUCAACAAGAGAGACUUUUCAAAAGUGAUGCUUUAUUAGUGUCUUUGCAAACAGUAUUUGGUCUAGUGUAAGGGAAUGAAGACUCAUUCUCCUAUGAAAUACAGAGCUAGCUAAAACUUAUCAGUGUCUUGUAGGUGACUUAGAAACACUAAGCAUUAAUGGUUGAUAACUGACUUCCUUAGGAAGACUCAAAGAUUAAUUUGUUUUGCUUUGCUUAUUAAACAGAUGGGACGUUCUUUCCUCCAGUGACAGGUAAUCAAUUCUAAUCCAGACUCUCAUCCACAGUUGACUUUAAAGAGCUACCCCAGUGAAAAAUGCAAUUUUUUAAUGUGAAGAUGAAUCCAAAAUUCCUCUAGCAUUUUUCCUAGCUUUCUAUUGAAAUAUAUUCCAGGCAAAAUGUCUACUUUAAGGUCUGUGCUUAUCUUCUUGCAGUCAAACGAUGUGCAGCCACCAGAAACAUUACAUUACUAUGAACAUAAAUUUCCUUUCUGAGGUAGCCUUGGCACACUUGUUUUGUAAUUAUUCAAGCUGUGUGUAUUUGAAAAGUAGAGGCUUUCCUAGAUAGCAUGCUAGCUUAUGCAAACACAGAAUUAAGUAGUUAUGGGAUGUACAUUUUUUACUUCUACAGGCACGAUGUGUUGUAUGCUUCUUCCUCUGGGCUUUAUUUCUGUUAGUUUAAAAAAUUGUAUUUCUAGGGUAUGCACUGCUAACUAGUCACACUUUCCUUCAGGGCAUAAUUAAAGAGAAGUGCCACUAAUUUUAUUAGCCUUGUAUAUUUUGAGGGAAAGCCAUGAAAAAGGUAUGCUAAUAUAUAUCUAAUGAAUUCAUUUAGUUGGGCUAAAAUUGUUAUUAUCGACCUCUCUGGAGUGAAGCAUACGAAAUCCUUAUAUAUUGACAUUCCAGGACAUUUGAAAGAAGUGCCUUGCAAAUACACCAUCACCUUGGCUUAAAGACAAAACUGCUCAGAAAAUUAUUAUUAAUGCAAGACUGAGACAUUAUUUUAAAGUAUUACUUCUUUACUAGGUUCUAGGGCUCUAGGUCUAUCCAGCAAAGUACUUAAGAACAUGCUUACUUUUAAGUGGCUAAUAUUGUUACCUUUAAUGAUUAUUUACAUGCAUAAUCUAAUUAACUUCCCAGACUGGGGUCAGAGAGCUCUGCGUGCUCUAGAGUUGAACCACACUGGAGACGAGCAGGGAAUUUGUGAAGAACAAUUUUAGUCUUUCAUUUAACUUAUUCCUAAUUGUGAAAGAUCAGCAACGGCUUUGGAUGUAUUUUGCAAAUAUCUUUAAGGCAUUUUAACACUCCUGAGUGGCAAUCCUUUUAUGCAGAAUAUCCCAUCUACUUCUUAGCUGUCCUAGCACGGACAGAUCAUACUGUAUUUACAUCUUGGGUUAUGCAAAUGCAACUUUAAAACACUGUGUGCACACAGUGAAGCUCACUACUUUUUGAAAAUUUGUGCAAAUAACUGGCAAACUACGAUGAAUUUUUCAGCCAUUGGGCUCCCAUGGUGCUAUUAAAAGGGGUGCCAAUCAGGUACUGUAUCUACGGGGACUUGGUUUUAUUUCUGAACAUGGACACAUGCAAAUGCAAUUAAUUUUUUUUUCCAGGAUCAGAGCCUUACGCAUUUUAAGCACCGCUCUCUUUAGGGAACUGCUUCUGUUGCAACCACCUGGCUCCACUGCUAUCCAUGUCCAAACUUCCAUCAAGUUCAGCAAGCCCAGCCUUUUCCCACGCAAGCCGUUCUCCGUCAGGUGCGCGGGGUGGGAAUUCCAAUCACCGGCCGUUCUUCCGUCAGCCCCGUUUGCACAAAUCUGUUUACCCCACCAAGAAUACUUCUUCAAGAGGUCUGCAGGGCCCAGGCCUCCUCUCUGAGGAGUGUUUACGUAACAGCUGAGACCUAUGUGGGGAAUAACUAUACUGUACUCCACUGAGGGAUUUUUUUUAUUAUUAUUUUUAUUUUUUAACAUAGGUGCUUCCUUUUUUUUGUUUUUUUUAGCAGUUACUGCUUAAGACUGAGCAUUUCCGAGCAAGGGCUUCAUUUUUGUCUGUGGGGAGGAGAGGGCUACAAUUGCUGUUACAUGAACAGUAAGUUCAUGUAUUCAUUAAGAAGUAAGGCUUUGUUUUAAAAAACCCAUGCAGCUAAUCCAUGGAGAGGGGAAGAAAAUGAUAGUUUUUUCUAAGUGUAUCGUUUCCAAAGUGCGGUUAAUAAACAUUGAAGGCAAACAAGAUGAAAUAACGAUCUGGUUAACUAUUUU